CACACUUUCAUUGUACACCCAAUUUGUUAUAGAUUGUGCGACAUAAUAACUCUCUUUUAGUAGUUCCUUUUGUUCUGUGGUACUUUGUUGUUUUUUUUUCAUUUAUAGCGUUGUCAGCACAUCUAUUUUGGACCCUGAACUAGUGGUUGCAGAUGCUUAGAAGGUGCAGAAACCAAACACUUGUUGUAGUUGCAGAGCAGGUUGAGAUGCCUGAAGUCAACCCUUUUGCUCCUCAAGAAGAGGGCCAAGUGUUCUGAGAUGUUUCGCAGACUGACAGCCAUUAGUAUUUCCCUUCUCAUAAAGUGUUUCUAAGGCAACUUUAUAUCUGCUCCUUGUAGAUUUGUUUACAUAGGCAAUUACGUGUUGGUAACCUCUAAAUAACCAAGAGAGCAUCCGCAGGAAUCCCCGGGAGGGGUGCGUUGCAUCAAUGGGCCACGUUGCUUAGCAGAGUUUAUGUGUGAGGCAGAUGAAGAGGAGGGAGUCAGACUUUGGGUUUGUAGUUGGGGUUGAGUUGCAGAGGCAAGCAGACGUAGAUCACAAGAACGGCUGAGGAGCAAUGGCAUCUGAAACCUCAGAGAUGGAGCUUCCUUUCAUCGAGGAUACUCAGCUUACCAAGUGCAUGCGUAUCCGAGUCCAAACCCUCCAGCAAAAGAACGCCAAACCUCAAGAGGGUGAGAUGCUCCUCAGAGCCAACGAGUACGUCUACCGUGUGGAUUUCUCCAAGCAGAAGCUCCGAUUCCUCUGGUGGAAAGUGCAUUUGAAAUCACCGGGCAAAGUCAUGAUCACUGGCACCUCCCAGCAUUGGACCCCAGACCUUACCAACCUUAUGACCCGGCAGCUUCUGGAACCUUCAGCUGUCUUCUACAAAAAAGAUGCCAACGACGAGGUAGAGUGCAAUGAGGCUGAUGCCCAAGAGUUUGGCGAAAGGAUUGCAGAGUUGGCCAAAAUACGCAAAGUUAUGUACUUUGUCAUCACUUUCUUAGAUGGCGCUGACCCAGCUACCAUUGAAUGUUCCAUUGGCUUCAGAGCCUAAAACUGAAAGAGCCUUUAAUGUGGGACAAAAAAACAUUUUUACUUGUGAUUUAUUAAUAUAUUUGUGUUGAGCACAAAUGGACUUCAACCACUGAUCUCCAACUUCGGUUCUUCUUUAGAUGGUCCAAUUAAGCAUGAAUAAUUAACAUCCUUUAAUGUCUGCCAAAUGGACUUGUCCUCCAGUGUAUGAAUAAUGACGAUCAGCUUUCCACCAAAACUGAAUUCUUUCUAUCCUGAUUAUUAACGAUGUUCCUGGUAGAUUAUCUGUAGUCUAUAGUACAUAGCACUAAGUGGCUUCAUUAGUGUAGAGGGGCAGUAUGUUACCAAGUGUAGAGAAAUAACCAUCAAACAUUCUGAAUAGGCCAUCCUUGAUCAGUAGACACAAAUGUCAUUGGUAUUUUGUAUAAUUCCAUUAUUAUAGGUGGGACUUGAAGAACCCUAAUUCCCAGACCUUGUAGCCUGUACCCACCUAACACUGAACUCAAAAUAAAAUUUACUUCUCAGCAAUUGAUGAAACUAUGGUAUUAUGUCGAUGUUCAGCACCUUGUCCAGGUUGGGUAUCUUUUAUGGCAAAGGCUUCGGAGCCCAGAAAUGUACUUUACUAACCAAUCAGAAUCCAUUAUGCAGUGUGUAUAGGGAAAGCAUUUUCAGUGAGGGUCCCAAAGGUUUUCAUUAGCCCCUAAACCAGGGAAGGGUAAAUUUGGCACCUUGGAUGUCCAAAUGCUUCUUUAUAUUCAAGGAUUACAAAUCCGUGUCCAGUGGUUGGGUAUUCGUGUCUAAGAGGGGUCAGGCCCUGGGGGUAUUCGUGUCUAAGAGGGUCCUGAGUAUAUGAGACUGCUGGUGGGUUCAGUGGAAGGGUGGUGGUCAUGGUCUGUCAGGUUUAGGAUGCUCGGGACCUCGGGUAUUCCGGAUAAGGGAUCUUUCCAUAAUUUGGAUAUUCCUUAAAUCUACUAGAAAAUCAUGUAACCAUUAAAUAAACCCAAUAGGCU